AUGUGUGUCGGUUCAAUCGUAACUAUCGAGUGCAACAACUGCGGCUCAUCAUUCGACAAUUCCUCGUAUCUUGGCUGUGCCACCUACGAGCACUCGCGUGAAGGCUGGGAGACACGCACUGACUCCAUCAUCAGCAGACCCACAUACUCCAUCCCCAUCUGUGACGAAUGCUCGGACUUUGACUGCUCCUUCGACUCUGACAAUUUCUCUUUGAGAUCACUUGACUCUGUUUCUAGCGUUGACUCUAUGGCUGAGUAUGAUACUGAGGUCAGCGCUCCUUUCGCUUCUUACUACUCACUUGGUAGGUCUUCUGCGCUUACUGUGGUUUGGUCCGAACGUGCUGUUGACUCUCUUGAGAAUUUUACUGGGGCUAUGGGUGCAUUGAUUGAUCGUAUUAUUGCUCUCUCGCCGACUCCUGCUACCGAAAAGCUCAAACUGAACAUCUUCCUCAUUUACAGCGAAUGCGAUGCCUAUCUCAACUGGACUGAGACCGAAAACGACCGCGCCAUCACAACUGAAGCCAAACUUUCUGAGAUUCUGAACGACACUGGUGUCACUGACAAGAUCAAUGCAGUCAAUGUCGAAGACAUGACUGCUGACAUGAUUGAGCUAUUUGAGAACUUGACUUCCUUCCACCCACAUUACGACGUUCAGUACAAUGCUGGUAGGUUUGAAGGUUACUUGGCUGUUCUGACGAGUGGACUUGAGGAGCUUGAGGCUGAUGCUGUCGUUGCUGCUGCUGAUACUGAUGUUGCCGCUACUGAUGCUGCAGCUGAGGCUUUCUCUGGACUUGCUCGUGACUAG